CAAUAGAUUCGUAAACCACUACGCUGGCGGUUGGUGGCUAUUUUAAAAUUUUUUACACUUCCUCCCUUCAAUUUGUACGCAUCGUUGCUUGCAAUAUGUAAAUUAAGCAAGAAAGAAGGCUUUCCAUCUGCAUACGCAAAAAUUUAGGUGUUGCUCUUUUGCCAGACUGAUGAAUCAAAGAUCAAACACAUUAAUAUUUGCGAGCGUUCAAAAUUUUGGUGCUCCAUUUGUGCAGUUUAUGCUGCCUAAUUAAUAAUUAUGUCGGACGAUAUUUAUAUCGACGUAAACUACCUUACUGAAUCAGAAAGGGAUGCCAUUCUUCAAGUACUUGCCAAGGACGAGGAACUUCGAAAACAAGAAAAACGUCGUAUAAGGUAAACUUUGGUAAAAUCAAUGUUUGGUUUACAUCUCACAGGCUGCACACUUUCAACCUUGUCUAAUAUUUUCAUUUAUACACGCAAUAUCACUCGUGAGUUAUUCAUUGUAAUGCCGUAAGAUUAUUUUUUGUUGUUGAUAUGGCACCAACCGUUACUUCUUGUAGUGUGUUAAAGAAUGAACUCGAUGAAAUAAAGAAGAAGGGAGCGAGUAAAGAGGAACUCGAAUCAUCUCGUGUUUGUGCAAGAUGUCGAGCACCGCUUGGUUUUAUUUUGAACAGUGGAGCCCUAUGUCCAAAAUGCGAAAGCCGAGUUUGUAAAGAAUGUCGAAAAAUGACUACUGCUACGUGGCUUUGUAUUUUGUGUGCAAAGAUCAGGUGAUGUAUUGAAUAGUGACAAUAAUAGGCAACAAGGAAUUAGGAGUCUUCCACUAUACAUUGUUAAACACUUAAAAUUUCUCAGAAAUGGUGCUUAUUCGCGAUUAAGGUAUAUCAACAGACGUAAGUUCAAAUCAUUUUUAAAUAAUACCGAAAGACGCUCCACCAGAAAAUGUGUCGGUGAUAUUGGUCCCGUGUAACUAAUGUUAAUAAGUCAAGCACAAUCGGUAUAGUCAGCGAGUAUCUAUACCCAGCGGGUCGCCGUCAAUAAAUCAACUUUCCUUGUUAUCUCAAGGGAAUAUUUAAUUUGCCACUAAAAGCUAAAUUAGUUUGUAAACAUGGCUAUCACCACAAAAUUAAGAACAAGAUAAAGUUCAUCACAUCAAUGAGAAAAAAGAGAUCACCGCGGAUAAAUUCGUGAUGGUGUUUUACUUAUUACUUUUCUGUAUUAUGACGUCCAACGGAAAAUUAUUUGUUGAAUUCCGCAUUCCAGGCAGUUGCUUUGAGACAUAACUUCUAUUUAAAGAUUGUUUUUCACCUUUGUCGUGUGUUAAUUACAUUUCAAUUAAAUUGCUAUUGCAUGAUUUAAGUCCAAGGCAAAAUCAAUCCAGCAUUUAUGUAUGGUAUCUAUGGUGACUCUUACGCUGAUUUGAAUGUUUGUUUAUCCUGAAAUGUGAUAAUAAUAACUUCUUGUUGAAAAAGAAAAAAAACUAUUAACUCUGAAUUUGUUGUAAUUAGGAGUUCUUUUAAGGGGUUUGCACUGUCUGAUAUCUUCUAUCUCAGGAGGAUAUUGUUGAUUAAUUAAAUCUCUCAGUAAGUAGGUUUGCUAUGAUUGGUCAAUUUAGCAGGCUGUAUUUCACUAUAAGGUCUGCUAAAUUGAAAGGUUUAUUUGAAUUGAAAUCCUCCCCUUCUAUUUAAACCAAGUGAUAUAAUAAAAUUUUACUAAACACAUUUCCCAGUAUGUACUGUGAGUUACUGAACUUCAGUUUUUCUUCUGGCCCAUGCUCUUCCUACUUGGGCAAUAAAUCCAAGCGCAAGAAAUAAAAAAAGAACGUAUAGUCUGUAACAUACAGUGUGGAUCUCAACCUUGGUUUGUGUGAGGUAUUUAUUUUAAUAAUUAACUCACUUGUACCUUGUGGUGGAAUGAAUAAAACAGCUCAGUAAAUUACUUUCUCUUAUUUACUCUAUUUUGGCAAAUUUCUGUUUGAUAUUUUAGGGAAGUAAGGGCUGAAUCUGGUGCAUGGUUUUUUGAGCAAGAGAAGAGAAAAGGGGAUAGGCCACGGCUUUUUGGCUCAGCAUUGGUGCGUGCAUCCUUUAGGAGGGCAAAACCUCAACCCCAGUCACUCAGUGGUAAUUACUAUACAUUUCCAUUGUUUGAUUCAUAAGAUUUAAAGACAAUUAUAAAAUCUAGUUCCCAGAGUUGUCAUUCCUUGCACAGCACUCUCACAGAGGGAGACUCUGACACAAUACAAGUUACUGCUGUAUCUUAAGGGUUGAUGACAAAUGGUAUCAGUUUUCUGGAAAUAAGAAUUCAAUGUGCUUGGGGGAAAAUGCUUACAACAAAUGAUAUUCAUACUUUGAACAAAAGUUUUACUUUUUGCAUUGUAAAAUAGAAACCAGAAAAAUCUGGUUUUGGUUUUGUCUUUUACCGGUGUCUCCCAUGCCUAUUCCUCAAUUGCCGGGUAACUGUUAAAGAUGCAAUUUUUUAAAGUCAGCGUGAUUAUCUUAUGAUUAUUGAACAGUACAGAAAACAUCUUUCAUUAGGUGUAUCAACUAGUGAACAAUUGUUUUCCUGUUAAUUUUUUAACAUGAUUGUGUAAUAUUGAAGAUAUUCAAUUUUUCUUGUAUGUUGUUUAUGUCAGAGGACCCAGGCUCUCCUCCUGUGAUCUCAUUGAACCUUAAUAAUCAUGGCAAGCUUCAUAGACCUGUCCCAGUACACAUGUCACGUUUGCCAGAAAAAGAUUUGGAAGAAGAGGAAGAAAGGAAGAAAUUGGCAGAGGUAAAUCAAAACUACAGGCAAUAUGUGAAGGCUAACAGAGUUCAACGGAAACCAGAGGAGGAUCAAAAUGAUACAGAUGAACAAGAAAAUUUGUCAUCAUCAUCUCAGAGUUCUACACCAAGAGGUAAGAAAAAGUAUUAUACUCUUGUCAAGGUUACUGAGCCUGCAAAUGGUAUCAUUUAAAUUUAAUUUUGUUUAUAUUAAAUAAUUAUAAAUUCUCUAUAUAGCAAAGAUUAAUUCCACUCAAUUGUCAGUGAGUACUUUUUUGAACUUAAAAGAAUAAUUAGUAAAUAAUACAAUCAGACCUUAAUUCAUUCUUCAUUGUUGUUAGUAAUUACAUAAAGCUGUGGAACUUGUGAAUCUCAUUGCUGCACUUCUACUUGGUGGUGUGUUUUUCCUUUAUUCAAUUCCCACCUUUUAUGCUGCUGCAUCUUCAAAAACUGUGGGUACUGUAAACUACAUGGUUGAGUAGCAGAUGUUGAUCUCACCAGGUGACAGUUCACCAAUGUCAGUACUGUGUGUGGAAGGUGUACGCAGUGUGGUGCCAGUGCUCUGUGGAGUUUCAGAAUCAGAAUUUGGAAAGCAGACUGCAUGUAUCUGGGCCAAUUUUCAGUCCAUAGCAAUUGUUUUUAUCAUGUCCUAGUCUGCAUUCACAUGCCUUUCAUUCCCCUAAGGAAAUCUAUUAAAAUAAUUCUCUGUUGAUGUGGCAAGGUGCUUUAUGAGACUGAAUGAAAAUCUGUCACAAGCACCUUUGAUCCAUUAUCUUCUUGCAUAUACUACAUUUUAAAAUCUCUGUCACUGGAUAGUAUAUCAUUCAAUAUGCACCGCAUGUCAUCAGUCACUGACUCUUUAAGUAAUGAUGGAAAGCAGUCAUCCAUCUUAAUGAAAGAUUUUAAUUACAGGCUCACCAGUCAAUAUUCUAGAGAAUGGUGUUGUUGAAGUUGCUAAUCAAGAAGAGACAGUCUUUGACAGUAUGAAAAUGCAAGAUGACAGUACUACCAGAGAGAAUGAAGAAGAAGAAGAUGAGUUGCAAGAACACUAUGAGCCAGAAAUGACUGGAAGUGAUGUAAAGGAAGAUGACCUCAGUUAUAAUGGAUACCAUGUGCAAAAACCUCAGGACUAUGAAGAAAAAGUGAAUGAUUGGAACAUCAAUGGGGGUGAAGAGAGUCCUGCCCUUGAUAGUGAACAGUCCAAAGAUGAUGCUGUUGUUGAAAUUAAAACAUCAUGGCAUGAGGUAGCACAUGAGUGGGGUGGAAUAGACCAGCCAGUAUCAGACACCUAUCUGCAGAACAAGUUCCUCAGUGUGAGAUCAGCUUCACCUGAUUCAGAGACCACUGGUGAAUUUUUUACUCCCCUUACCACUCCUCUACAAUCAGGACCUGGGACACCUGCUCUCUCAGAUUAUGGAGCAAGUGAAGGGAUGGGUUCAGGUUCCACAUCUGAUGUGUUUGAGGAUGCUGGAGAUGUCACACCGAUGCAAGGAGCCAGAACUCCUGUGUUAGAACUCGAUGAGGAUGGUAAGCAACUUCUGAUGAGUAAAUAAUUUUACUGUCAGUGCAUUCAAUGGAACAUGAACAAUUUAUACCGAGGGCUGAUUGUAUUCACAUGCUGUGACUUACAAUACCUUUUGGUGCCAAGCUGAAAGUACUGAUAGCUAUUUUAAGACACUAAGCAGCAGAAGUGUUAAAUAUGAGACCCACAGUAACAUGCUGGGCUGCACCAAUGAUGAUCUCUACUAGCAUUUCAUCCCUUAGGAAAAGACUGAAAUACUACUUUGUAAAGUCAUGCAUUUUUAAGUUUUUUGUGAUUUUUCCUGCCUUUGGUAGACCUACUUAUCUGGUCAACUUGUGUAAAAUGGUUGUUACCAUGAAUCAAUUAUGAGGCCAAUGCUACUGUUGCAUUGCAGAAAACAUUUCCUGUUAUUUUUCAAGAUCUGUGUUAAUAUGGUUAUAGCGCCUUGUAUGCUACCUGUUUAGCUGAUUGUUUGAUUGAUGGACUCACUGAUUGAAUUAUAAACUGAAUGAGUGAUUGUUUCUAUGUAAGACAGGUUAAAUGGUUUGCUGAUAGGUGAAUUAUUAAAUCCUACUAUUUCAAUUUUAGAUUUUUAAGGAAGUGAUUAAUUUUCUAUGUAGUAAUUUGUGAGUCCCUAUUAGAUACCUGGCUACCUUUUCACCCCUGUCCUUCAUAUCUGGCUGACUUACUGACUGAUAGAACUGACUGGCUGACUAUGUGAUGGCCAGCUGCCUGACAGAUUGACUUUCUGACAGGCUGACUUAUUACCUGCUUGACUGACUGACCAGCUGACUUGCUGACUGACCGGGUGGCUGACUUACUGACCAACUUGCUGACUGCUGGCCGAUUUACUGGCUGACUGACUCGCUGACUGACAGGCUGACUUACUGACUGACUGACUGGCUGACUGACAGGCCAACUUGCUGACAGACUGGCUGACUGACAGGCCGACUUAAUAAUUGACUGGCUGACUGACAGGCCAAUUUACUGACUGACUGGCCAACUUACUGACAGACUGGCUGACUGGCAGGCCAACAGACUGGCCAACUUACUGACUGACAGGCCAACUGACUGGCUGACUGACUGGCCAACUUACUAACUGGCUGGCUGACUGACUUAAUCACUAACUUAUUCCCAAUUUCUUAUGUUUCAUCUAUUCUCUGGUCGAUAUAAGGACGUUUUUUGUUUUUUAAUGCAGACAACCCUGGGGAUGUGACUAUUAUCAACCCUGAGAUCACAUGCACAGAUCCUGAUGACGUUGUAGAGCCAGAAGAGGGUUACAGGACACCCACACAGGAGGAUGACAUUGAUCAAGCUUUUGCAAGUUAUGAACGAGAACACCCUAGUGGACAAACGAAAACACUGCAAGAGCAGCUUAACAUUCUUGCUAUGGUUAGUGAAACUACAUGGAUACUUGUAUCUUAAUCCUUUCACUCCGAAGAUCUCAGCAGUAAUUCUCCUUACUGUCUGCUGUAUAAUUUUUAUGAUGCUAGUGUGGAGAAUUUGGUAUAUUGUCAACUGAUAACCCCUUAGUGAUAUUUUUUUUUCAUUCUCAUCACUUGUCUGCUUGAUAUUAUAUUGAUUUUGUAAUCACGUGUUUUUCACUGUCAAAAAAAAGUUUCCAGAGUGUUACCUAGCUUUUACCGUAGCAGAUGAUCUCAUGUUCACAUGAGAAUACUAAUUCUCUCUACCUUACAGGGCAGUCGAGAGAGUAUAGUAAGUUACUACAGCGAUGCAGGCGAGGGUCGGUUUGGCAACGUAACAGUCACAGGUGAGGUGCUGUUCGGAUUGAAGUACAACAAACACAAACAGCAGCUGGAAAUUCAGAUUCACAGAGCUAAAGAUAUCGCAGCAGCAGACCCAAAGAGGGGACGGUCAGAUCCGUAAGUAAAUAUGAAAUGAAGCUCUGAUGCAUUGUUCUGCAAUAAACAAGCUUCUCCUAAUAUUGCACUGUUGAGUUCCAGCGGACUUUUUUUCGGAGCACAUUCAGAAUUCCAUAGUCGUUAAAGUUUGAACUGUGUCUUAAACUGAUACAAAAAUGUUUCACAUUUCGUUUUUUUAAGUACAGUAGGACCCCGCUAAUUAGAACAAGAUCCGAUUUUCCUCAACUCCAUUUUCUCAGUCAUUUACUAUCAGUUAACGUGAAUCCCCACUAACUCGAUCCAUUUUUUUGUUUUCCUUGGGAGUUCGAGUUAGAUAGGUUCUACUGUUUAUGUUAAAGGACAAUACUUUUUUCCAUAAGCGGCUGUCGAUGAUGUGAUAGACGGCUUUGCCCGAAAAGGGUCUGUAAGGCAAAACCCAAACAGGAAAGCCUGUGCGCAGGCUAGUCAGUCAGCGGUAAGAGGUCUUACAGGCGGCGGUAGACAGGAAACCUUGUAUAUUCAUCAAGGUUUAGCCUCGAAAUGUUACCGAAUUUUUCCUAACUUCCAACUGGUUCUUUACGCGGACAAAUAUAAAUUUAAAUCCAAGGAUCUUUCAUCUAGACAAGGACUAAGGCAAAAAGCAGAGAUCCACCUUGUGUCUUGGGCCUAUAUCACUCACUGCUGUCUCGUAACCAAGGAUUUGGCCGCUUACUUUUUUGAUUUAUUUUUCUCCUUUGAAGUUUCAAAAUAAGUUUCAUCUGUCCAUAGGUAUGCUAAAGUGUACCUUUUACCUGAUAAAACUAAGGGAGGCAAAAAGAAGACCAAGACAAGAAAAAAUACAUUGAAUCCAGAUUUCGACGAAAUUUUAACGGUAAAUAUGUGAGAAGUUUUUGCUGGUCCUAUUCAGGUAUCCAACUUAAGAAGCGAUAGAUUAAUAUAAACCCAGAAGUAACAAAGAUAAGGAGAUUCACACAAGCAGGUUAUGUGCACAAUCGAAUAACUUGAAAAUACCAUAUAUAUGGGCGUGAGAGACUUUUUGUAGCACUUAUGUAACGUCAUUGGCGACGACCACUUGGAUUAGACGGAAAAAUAACGUAAUGGUACAUUUUCCGAUUUAUUAACCCUUUCAUAACCCUUUCACCGCCGAUAGUGGUUCUCUUUACUGUCUGACGUACAAUUUUUAUGAUGUUAGUUGGGAGAAUUUGGUAUUGGAUCAAACCUUAUCCCCUAAUUAAUAGUUUUCUUUAUUCUCACCUCUCGUCUGUUUGAUAUUGUAAGGAGAAAUUCUGUCGUGGUCACUCCUUGGAGUUAAAGGGUUAAUGUUAACAAAGCAAGCUAACAAGGCCCUUUUUUUAAAUCUGUAUUGUUUAGAACUCUAUGCAAUGUUUAGCUUAAUCUAUUUUUGAUUUUUAUUCCCUUCAUGAUAGUUUAAGAUUGGAUUUGAGGAGAUGUUGACACGUACCCUGUGGCUUGCAUUGUGGAAUCACGACACGUUUGGACAUAAUGAUUUUCUGGGGGAAGUGAUGUUGCCUCUUGAUACUUAUCAGGACUCAGGUUUCAGCUGGGAUGAUCCGUCACCCAACUGGUAUCCAUUACGAGAGAGAGUAAGUUCAUCUAAACAAUGGACUCGCUUUAUCUCUCUCGGUUUCCUGGCAUAAUAACCCACUCGGCUAGUUGGGAGAACGAGAUAAAAUGUUAUGAAUCAAUGGCAGCCCAUCGAUCUUAAAGUUUUUUGUUCAGUUGAGAAAUGUCUUUUUUUUUCUGUCUGUGGCCUUAACGAUAAGAAAAACUAUUUGUUUCUGAUUAGUCUGAGUGCACGUACUGUCCCAGUAACGUUAUUUUCCUGUCAUACUAUUCACGGGGGAGAAGUGGUGACCAUAAGCGUUAAUAAACAAAGAUGUCAAAUGAAUGACUUAUUCCGUAAUUGUAAUAGAAACUUGUUGAAAAUUCAACGAGUGGGAAUUUGACGAGGAGUCUUAUCCAGAGUGGGUGAGUAAAAAUUCAUCCCGCGACAUGGCGUGGAGUAGAAUACAAGACUUCAGAUUGCAAGUGCAGUCCCUUGACAGUAGGCCACACAGCUCUUAUGUUAGAGGGAGUGGCACUGUUUCACAGUGUCUACAGCUGUUAAAUCAGCCAAAAAGUGUUGGAGGAUAACCUUGCGGUAGACAUAUCGUACAGGUAUGUGACUUUGCUGCUUUUGUUUUUUUUUCCUGAACCAUAGCGACCAGAACCGUCCCUAAUGUCGUACUGUGGAGAUCUGACGGUGUCACUGAUGUUUGAACGACCGGAGGAGUCGUCUAAAGACAAGAAGAAAAAGAAGAAAUCCGGCGGCAAAUUACAUAUCAAGUUGAAGGAAGCACGGAACUUACCUGCCAAGGAUGCCAAUGGCUUCUCGGACCCCUUUUGUAAAAGGUACUUUUAUGUUAACUGUCAAUUUGUCGUUAGUGGCGACGAGAUUUUAAUACUAAGACAAAACGCCCUACGUGAAGGGGUCCUUGUAAAGAUCUUUAUAACCUCAUGUUACAUCGCCCGCCCUCCAUACAGAACAACUACUGAUUCCUCCCCCCCACCUGCUUAGGUUAGUGCUGAAUAAUGCUUCCUCAAACCUGAAAUUUUUGCCCCUAAGUUACACCUUGACCUACUAACUUGGUCCCUGCUUUCAGUAAACUGGAAAAAGUAAGGUAGUUUCAAGAGUGUUGAAAAGCAGACUCCUCCUCUUGCGUUAAGCACUUAAACGUUUUAAGCAAUCAAGACUUACGAUCAUGUUCUUUCUUCUUACGACUUGCAUACUUUGUGUCGAUGUUGUUAAGAAAAUCUCUCCUGUGGAUAGCGCAACACGUUUCGUCAACACUUAUCCACUGGGUCGCGAUUUAUCUGUUGUGGGGCGUUAUCUGCCCUUUGAAGAACUGGGUCCCGAUUUUUAACUCGAACGGUAAGGCCUAAGGUCGCUUAUAAUUCGCAUGUCGCUUGAAAAAGAGGAGAGCCUUGUCAUAGACUUAUUAUGCAGGGGUUGAUGCCCGAUGUGAGUCGCAGAUUAACAGACUUACCGUUGAUCUAAAGUUGAUAGCUUGACUCCACGAUUGACAGUGAUUAUGUCGUGACACGAACGGUUAAUUUUUUUUUUUAUCCAUCGCGAUCACGAUGAAAGAACACAUCCGCACAUCUUUAUGUAUGUGAUCUGUCUCGCGGGACCUGAUAUGCCUUCUCUCUGCGUUUUGUAAGAGUAUUGUCCAUCUAAGUACCUUUGUGGCUGCGACAUUGAAUUGAAGGAGUCAAGUCGUUAUAUACUGUGACCUUUUAUACUUUGCGUGGUAUUACCUAAAACGUGAAGAAACUAAGUGAAGAUCAAUUUUUACUUAAGCUCUUUUGAAAAAUUUUCCUUUGAGGUAUUUUUUUUUUUGGGUGUGUUUUGCUUCCAUCGUAUUGCAUGAUAAAAAUCGUAUUGUGCCACUCUAUUAGCCAGAUGAUGGUCAGUGCUAAGAGAGUAGUGUAUAUUGCCCAGCAAAACAGAUUAGGCUACUGAUUAUUGUCAGACUAAUUUAGAAUUGCCAUCUGCGCAGUGUAAUUAAUUCAACUUGGCAAAAGAGUUCGUCUCGUUUACAUUUACAUGUAGCUAGAUUGAGGAUUUUUGAAAGUCUUUUGUGGCAAUAGCAUUGAUUGGAUUUCUGGGAAUUCUUUGUCUCCCAGUUGAGCGUUUGCAUCUGGACUCUGUAAAAACUAGCAAAUAUACUUGGCUUUUAACGGACGGGAAUUUUCGUUUAGUUCACUGCAGUUGGUUUUCGAUUGCUUUGAUUUUACCUGCCUUUCCCGAUGUGCGUUGAGUUACAUUUUUGUUUUGUUUUGAUGAAAUUACACCUUUACGUAUUCCUUCGCCAAAACUUUUGCUCGGUUUUCGUUUAGUUCAAGAUAAAAAAAAUCUGAAUGAAUAAUUCUUGAAGAUAAGAAUUCGAUCCAAAAGUUUCGAUAACUAUCAGAGUGGCGUCAUUGACAUUAAAGGGCCAGAAAUGCAUGAAUACUUUCAUAACUUGAAUUAAGAUUGUUGAUUUUUUUUCCGCUCUUUUCUUAUCGGGUGGAGUGUCAAAAUAAUAACAUUUCGUUGAAUAUUCCUGGUUUUAUUCACCAUUGUUUUGUCUUGUUUUCUCAUAGCAUAUACCUUAAAUUUUCACUUUCCUCUUUUAAGCAUUGCCGGCAUCAUCAAACCAGUCUCUACUAAUAUUUCGGUUGCCCUUGGAUACCAAAAUGUUUUACUCUGUGGACUGAAUGCGUCUAUAUUGUGGAGACUAUGUUUUGGAAACAAAACAUACCCAGCUUAUUCUGUCUGCUAACUGUAAAUAUUAAAAAAUUUGUGAACAUCACAAAUCGCUUCCGCUAAUUUCCGCUACUGUGGUUCAUUUGCAUUGCUAAAACAUCUGUGUAUACAAGUUGUCGUUUAUAAAAGCGAAUUACUCAGACAAACAACAAUCACUAUAGUGUGAUCUUAUUUUGGUUUACGUUCAAUUCUAUAAGCACUUUUCAAGGGGGAAACUGCCAUUAUUGUCACACAUUUCGCAAAAGAGAUUGAGUGGACGAGCUGUAAGUCGCUUCUUCAUUCAUUUUUUUUUAAUUGUCUUAGACUGUGGCUCUUUCUUAUCCCCUUCAUUUGUAUUUACGACAAUCUAUCGCUCUUGCUCUACCAAAUUUACGUUUAACUUCGUUUUGUCUUUUUGUCGUCGAACUUUAUUUGUUAAAUUGUCCUGAAUUCUGCUGUAGCUUAUGUUGACUGUCCAAAGUGUAUCGAAAAUAUUUCAAUAUUUUCACCGAAUUUUUGGUUUAUUUUUUGGAUCUUUCUGACAGGUUGGCCAGCAAAGCGUCAAACAAUGCAAUUUUGUUUUCUUAGUUUCUGUUUUAGUCCGGAAGAAUGGUCUCGUCGUACUUCCGUCGUAAAUUGGUUGUUAAAAGUAGAGAUAAAGCGGCUUUUCAGAUCUGCGUCAUAUAUGCUCGAUCGACCUCACGCUACUGUAUGAUGCAGGAUUCCGACAAAAAAGCGUAACAGGACAACUUCGGUAACAUGCUGCCUGAUAAACUUGCAUAUUUUACUUUUUUCCUCCUUUUUUAAUUUGAUGUAACGAACAGAAAACGUUAGUUUUAAAGUAUUGCUUGAACGUUAACUGUAACUGCUGGCCAAGGCUGUCUUGCACGUUUGUGUUUUUACUGUUACUUUAUUGUUGUUCGAAAUACCUCAAUGCUAUUGUUAGAAUCAUUUGCCUACAGAUGUGCUUUUUAAUACACCUCCUUGUGUUAUUUCGCAUUUUACCUGAAGUUUUCUCAAGAGUAUUUUCCUUCCUUUUUUUGUGUCCUUUUUGAAGCAAAAAAAAAAAGCCUUUCGCAAAGAUUUUUUGAAAAGUGCUUGCUCGAUAUGAACGAGGUCAAUGCUUGAAAAAAUUUAUUCAUCGAAUCGCAGCAUCAAUUAUUCAUAACUCGUGAGAUAAACCAUGUUUCAACACCUGGUUUCCGUUUCUUGGUUUUUCUAUUGGUACAAUAGUUUAUAAUAGUAUUACAGAUCACUUUGUCACAUUGAACCCUAACUGCAUGUGGCAAUAUUUCAUUCGUUGCUGUGUGUUUCUUUUCCAAAUUCAAAUUGAUUUAAGCGAUCAGUAACUCUUUGCUGUAGCUUUCUUGUGUCCACGAAUCAGUGCUUUCACCGUAGAAAAGUUGGUGAUUUGAACUUCAUAUCAUAAAAAUGUGAAGUGUUUUGUGGUGUACGAUAAAUAUCCUGACAUGGUUGGUUCAACAACCGUUGAAUAUGAUUUUGAUAUCAAAAUUUUGCCAUCGACCAGGAGUGAAGAAAAAACCUGUGAAUAUUUAGUAUAGAUGCCGCAAGUUGUCGUGAAAGACUUCAAAAAGUGUGGAAUAACAGCACGAAUGCGAUAAAAGAUGUACCUUGGUGAAUUAUUACUAAUAUUAGUAUAUAUCACACCGGUGAAUAGUGCUUUUCGCGCGCGCUGAUUGGCUGGCUCAGAAGUGAAUAGCAAGUGCUAUUUAAAAAAUUGAACCACCAAUAUUCACCUCCACUUUUGUGAAUAAUUUUUCAUCAUUUUUAUCACUUUUACCGCCAGUAUUACUCUUAUUUUACCGAUUACCACUGCUUUUAUUAUCACUAUUCAUAUUUUUAAGGAUUUAGCUGCUUGUGGUUGCAAAAAGCCAAAUUCCUACUUUAACGAAAAAUCAGUAUCAAACCCCGUAUCAAACCUACAGGAGCUUCUUUUGUUGUAUUGACUUUUUGUAACAUUCUUAACUCCGUAGCAUUGUUUAUGAUGGUACUUUUAGCAUUUACUUGAGUGUCAACUAUAUUCAUGAGGUCAUGAUAAUCAUGUACUUAACAUACCCUCUUCACUGAUGCUAUGCCAAAAGGAACUCGUGUGCUACUAGAAUGAGGGCAGUCCUUCUUUGUUGGCUUAGUCCGUCGCGUGAGGCGUAAGUAAAUGACAAGUAAAUUAAAUUUUUCUGCGCGAUUGACUAAGUUUGCCAAGAAGGACAGCAAUUAGUCUAGUGUGCAACUCUACCGCCACACCUCUCCAUCCUUAAUCUCUUGCUACACCCCUUAUCUACUUUCACCAGUUUCAGUUAAGUUUAUUUCUCGCCGCCCGACGCAACGCAAUAACUUAUUAAUCUGUGACAUCGUAAAGAAUAGGUUUCCGUAACGAAGACUUACUGACAAUACGUGGUUUGGAAUGUUAUACUUUUUUGUGGGUGACGGAUUGUCAUCAAUGUUUAAGUUGCUUCACGUAAGCUUAACUUGCACAUUGCCAUCAGUUACCUCUUACCAGACCAAAGCAAAAAGACCAAACACAAAACUCAGGUGGUCAAAAAGAACCUCAACCCUGUGUGGAACCACGCCUUCUGUUAUGAAAACUUGACGAUUGACGAGCUGAGGAACCGUGUCCUAGAGCUGACCGUGUGGGACUACGACCGAGGUUCCAGUAAUGAUUUUCUCGGAGGUUUGAGAUUGGGCCUUGGGAGUAAAAUAGAGUCGUGGGACGACUCGCAAGGAAUGGAACGAGAGGCGUGGCAGAUGAUGCUCGAACGACCCAAUAAUUGGCACGAAUACACCCUGAACCUGCGAUCAAGCAUGGAUAGUCAAGUAGAUUAAGCACGCAUGCGCUCGAUACUCGGAAUUAAAGUUAAAAUGAAGUAAUACUUCCAAAACAUAUAUAUGGACCAAAGAAUACAAAAGAAACCAAAAAAUUCCUGCACACACUGUUCUCGCGAACGUAAAGUAUUUCAUGAUGUGAAACAGGGUUUCUUCUAGCGCAUCGAUGGAAAUUUAAACACAAAACUUCGGCCAUGGAAACGAAUGGCGUGGCCAAUAUUAUUGAAUUCGUAAUAUUUCUGGCACGUAAUGUAACGGAAUAUUAUUUAACAUUUUGAAAAGGCCUUAAAUUUUGGCAGGUUGGUAUUUUCAUAAAAGUUUUGCCGCAAAUGGAAUAUAUUUUUGUAAAACAUUGUUGGACUUACAUUUAAAGACGUUGUUGCUG